GUCCUCUUUUUCAUCCUCUCCCUCGUCGUCUCUCUCGUCCCCUUAUAUUCGCUGGCGCUCGCCAGCUACUUCUUCCUCUGCAGUUGGCCACCAUGUUCAAGGGUCUCCACGCAUACUCGAGCGUGCCCUCCCUUGGCCGCUAUCUUCAUCGGGCGUCGCCGGUGAUAUGGGGUAGACGCACAGCCCCGAUAGCCCCGAGACAUCAGCUGAAAAAUGUUCUUCAAGGUCCCCGUUGUUACAGCGGCGGCGAGCAGCUCUCUUCCCUCCCCCCUUCGCCAUCACCUUCUCCCUCGCCAGAGCCGACGGAACGGCUUAAUUCCAGCCAACCCGACUCUAGCCCGCCUAGCCAUGGUAGCGGUCUCCCCGAUUUCACCGUAAAUACCACCAUUCUCCUCACCCAUUCGCAAAAGGACGACCCUGUCCUCCUGGAUCGCCACUGGUUGCGCGAUUCGUGCACCUGCGACAAAUGCGUGGACCCCGACUCGGGCCAGAAGAAUUUCUGCACUUUGGACGUGCCCCUCGACCUUCCCGUCGGGAGUACGCGUAAGACCGAGGACGGCGGGUUGGAGGUGAGCUGGGAGAACGAUUUUCUCACCUCCGGCACCCAUGUCUCUCGUUACUCGCCCGCCAAAGUCGCAUCCUUCUUCAAACCAGGCCACGCCUUUGCUCCGUUCACGUUACCCUUCUUAACUCUGUGGGACAGGGCAGCCAUGGAGCGUGACCGUCCCGUCAUCGACUACAAUGACUGGAUGGCCAGCGAGCAAGGGUUCCUCUCCGGCCUGUACCACCUUCAUACCCACGGACUGCUUUUCUUACGUAACGUACCCCCGUCCGAAGAGUCGGUCAUCACCAUUGCCAACAAGAUCGGGCAUACACAGGAGACCUUCUACGGCAAGAGCUGGGACGUGCGCUCGAAACCGCACGCGGAAAACAUCGCCUACACUAGCUCCUUUCUCGGUCUGCACCAGGAUAUGUUGUACCUGCGGGAUCCGCCCCGCAUCCAGCUCCUACAUUGCAUCGAAAACUCGUGCGAGGGCGGCGAGUCUAUCUUCACCGACAGCUACAGGGCCGGUUUUCUCAUGGGCAUCGGCCCUCCAGCCUUGGCAAACAUCCUUAAACAUAAGUGGCUCAAGUACCACUACAAGAAGCAGGGGAACUGGUACGAAUUCUCGCGCCCAAUCCUGACGACCUCCUAUAAGGUCUACUGGUCGCCGCCCUUCCAGGACAGCAACCAGAGGCUCGAAUUUACGAAGAAUGGCAUCAAGAUGUACCGGAAAUGGCUUGAGGCGACGGCCAAGAUGCGGCAGCUGUUAGAAGAUGAGCAGUGGGUGUACGAGUACAAGUUGCAGCCAGGCGAGUGCGUCCUGUUCGACAAUCUACGCGUCCUGCACGGGCGGCGACGGUUUUCGGCGGAGAGCGGGAGCCGGUGGCUCAAGGGCACGUACAUCGGGAUAGAUACGUACAGAAGUAAGCUCGUGACGCUGGCGCCGCAGCUGGUGGCGAUCCAGAAGGAGGGCCAGAUGUCGACAGAAGAGUGGGUGAACUACUACCAGGACAAGUACAAGGUGUGGGAGAGAAGCAUCGGCGACGUGGGGAAGCUGUCGAAAAGCAGGUUCAGUUAUAGGAACGCCAGCGAAGGAGGCGAGGUUUAAGAAGGCAGGCCCUAACGAGGAGAGGAAAAGAGGGCUGACUGUCGUGGGGAAAGGGAACCCGAAUUGUAUAUCACUUGCUCGGUUAGAGACACAUCGCGUUGUUGAGCGCGACGGGCAGAUAAUCUCUGGCGUCUGGGCUCGAGCCUCUAGGUCGCGGGCUUGCUCGACAGAGAAAACAGAGAU